AUGACUAGACACAUCAGCUUAACAGCUGCUCAAGUUACCCCAGAAGAAAUAACUCCAUUGGUUCCUCCGCAGUCAGGUGACAAGAACCACGAAGACCUCACAGCUUAUUUUUUAGAGGCUCUGCUCAAAUACAUGGUAAACCAGGCCAAAUCACUUGAGUGGAGAAGUAAGGAGAACCAUGAGCGUGGUUUCAGCUUUCUUUUUGGACAUUUCAGAAAGUUUUACCUUCCUCAUAUCUUCCCCAACUUUGCCACUGAGACCAGUCUAUAUAAUCCUUUACUUGAUGUGCCACCAAUGCGCCCUAAACCUUAUUACAGUGUAGUGCGCAAAGAACAAGAUGGUGGUGAGACAAUUUAUUGCACCAAGGAGAGCUUCCUCCAGGCCAGAGUCAUCUUUAUUCGUUGGUUGGUUUCAUUUUGGCUUGAACCACGGCCUAACACCCAGACUCAAAUCCCAGGAAUAGAAGGAGAACAUGUGCCCAAGAAUAUUCAACGAGCAGCUGCAGGAUUAGCAGCCCGCACUGCUAUGAGCUCAGAUGAAAGUGGCGGAGGUGGGAUUCGAUCUGACAACCAUCUGGAAGUGAGUGGUCCUUCUUUAGGGCCAGGAGGCAUUCGAGGGGAGGUCAUGGGGGCUGGGCUUGGGGCUGAACCUGAACAAAGCCACUCGAACACAUCUACACUGACUGAGAGGGAACCCAGCUCCUCCUCCUUGUGCUCCAUGGAUGAGGAGCAGUUAACUGACAUGGAGGUGGUGAGGAGAGUACUGACAAGCUCCCGAACCAAUGUCAACUUUAUUACAGAAAUAUUCAGACAGGCCUUCCUCCUCCCCAUGUGUGAAGCUGCAGCUAUGCGUAAAGUGGUGCGUGUUUACCAGGAGUGGAUCUCAAUGGAGGAUAAGCCAGUAUUUAUGAAGGAUCCAGAAGAGGGCCCCUAUCCUACUGAUCGUGAUUCAAGAGAAAAUGAGGAUGAGGGAAACAAAGAUGUUGACAGCGAAUUGUUGGAGUAUAGUGUUCAUGCUGGGAUUCAAACCACCCUUCAGGUGUUUAUAACCCACUCAUCAAACGUGUUUCUCCUGGAACCAGCUAAUGACAUUAAGAUCCUUUUGGAGGAGCAUGUGGACAUGUGCAAACGUGUGCUAAAUAUUUACCGCAGUCUUGUCAUGCAUGAAACCAUGGACCAGAAAACAUGGGAGCAAAUACUCUUGGUUUUGUUGAGAGUAACAGAGUCGGUGAUGAAGAGACCUCCAUCCAUUAUGCCUCAAGGCAAAAAGAACAACACACUGUCAGGAAGAUUGGCGGGACCAAUAUUUCAGACACUGAUUGUAGCUUGGAUUAAGGGAAAUCUAAAUGUGUACAUAAGCAGAGAUCUAUGGGAUGAUCUUCUCUCUGUGCUCUCGUCUCUGACCUGCUGGGAGGAGCUUGUCACUGAGUGGUCCCUCACUAUGGAAACACUUACUAAGGUGUUGGCCAGGAACCUUUACAGUGUAGAUCUAAAUGAAUUGCCUUUGGACAAACUGAGUGAACAAAAACAGAAGAAACAUAAAGGAAAAGGUAUCAGUGCAGAUACCCAGCGACAAAUUGUUGACCGGUCCUUCUCUAAAGGUUGGAGCAGAGAUCAACCAGGCCAAGCUGCAGCUAUGAGACAGAGGAGUGCUACCACUGCUGGUUCACCUGGGAUCGAAAAGGCUCGGAGUAUAGUCCGUCAGAAGACUGUAGAUCUGGAAGACCCUCCAAUCACACUGAGCAGCAGGUCUACUCGUAUGCGACACUCUUCCCAAAGUGAUGAGACCCCUCCAGUGUCCUGUGGCGAAGUCUUCCAGGGCGUGGCAUGUGACCUGGAUGGCCCACCUUCUUCUACUCUGGCACGAAGCAGCAGUGCAUCAGACAUCAUGGAGCCCUUCAUCGCAGAACGGGUCAAAGGUGAAGAGCCUGAAAUGGAUGCCUGUUCAAACCUGAAUCCUCCUCACGAGCACCUCACAGCUACUUCCUUACUUUCAGCCAAUAGCCACAUGGCUCCACCACACUCACCCUCCUCUCCUUCUGCCUCCCCGAUUACUUUUCCCAGUGAUGUAGUUGCAGAGAAACAAGAUGAUGAUAGUUUAUGUAAUCAUAUUUGGGAGAAGGCUGGUUCCAAAAGCCAGGAUUCAAGUUCUGAUUGGGCGAAGGACUGGGAUUCUGCCUUUAUUUUUUGUGCUGAAAGAGAAGCGGAUGCAGAGGACAGUGAAGAGGGAACUGGCUUAGAAGAUGAUUUGUUUUCCUCUAUACGAGACUACCUCACUAAUAAGGGAAGUGAAAAUAUUAUGGAAGAAGGGGAGAGGAACUGCUGUGUUGAUACACUAGAAAACAAUGCAACUGUACCUGUGGAACCUAGCAUAGAAAGAACAGAAGUUGAAUGUGCAGGGCAGAUAGGAGAAGUUAGGCAAAUGACCCAAGCUCAGCCUGGUCGUGACGGCAGGCAUGCAAUCAAAGGUGUUAGACACAGCAGUGUAGAUUCUGCUGAGGAUAUUGAAACAGAUCAGAGAAGCAUUUAUGAAUGUUUGGAGCUGCAGUGUCCAUCACCCAGAGUCAAGAGUAGUGCAAGUUUAGAAAGACAUAUAGGAAACAAGGAGAAAAAGGGAGACAAUGCACUGAAAAGUGAUUUUAUGGAAGACUCAGGGAAAGAGGAUGAGGACCCAAAUGAGGGAUCUAGUAUCAACUCCCAAGACCACAACAGUGUAGAAUCUAAUACUGAGUUGACUGAAUCUGUAGAUAAGAAACGGGGUGCCAAAGUGCAUCACUGUGGGGGUGUUCAUGUGAGCUUCCGGCCCUCCACGGAGUCUGUCCAAUUUCACAAUCCCCUUGAGAGCAAAGAGGCACAUUGGAAAGCAAGGCUGCGACGCCUCAGCCACUUCCACACUCAUAGUCACUCUGCUGGAGACAGGCAUGUGUCCGGGUCAGGAAGGCUGGGUUCAGGAGGAGCAGGUAAGUUUGUGUCUAUGGCUGGUAUUAGCCACAAAGUAGGGGCCCAUGACAGAGCUGGAGCAGGGACUGAGCGAGCUGAGGGAGCAGGGCAUCACAGAACUGGACCUGGAGGGGACAAGGACCGACCACAGUGCCCUGCAAUGGGAACCAAAGUGAACUCUGAGGCACAUUCAGAGUUAUCUAGCAGCACCAGCGUGUCAUCAGGGGUGCGUGGCCGUUUAGGACGUUCGGCCUUGCGAUCGCGAGCGUCUCGCUCACGCUCCCAGGAGCCUGGCACUGUUUCACGUCAUCACCAAGGGGCUAUUCUCGGUGGUGUUUAUAAGAGUGUUGUUCAUGCUCUGUCAUCUAAGCCCCGCCCUCGUGGUCAGGGCUCAUCUCAGGGCUCGUCGCCUCAGCGACAGGCCAAAGCCACUAUGGGUGAUGCGUCGCUAAAGGAUCUCUACUCCCAUGUCCUGGGCUACUUUGGAAGAAAGACGGCCACUCCAGCAAACAAAGAGGAGGUGGUCCCCAAGGCCCGUCCUGUCUCCACUGAUGUCGGAAGCAGCAAUCCCAACUUUUCAGACCUCAUGGAUGAAUUUAUCCAGGAAAGACUGCGAACCAAAGGAAGUUCGGGUCGACGUGGCAGCAGCCCAGGCAGUCUGGAGGUCCCCAGGGAUUUGCCCGAGCUCCUUGAAGCCACUCAAAGUCCAGGAUCUAGACCCUCAGAUGAUCCCAGGCCCAUAGAUGACCCAGGAGUUCCUUCUGAGUGGACCUCACCUGCCAGUGCCAGCGGUUCAGAUGUCAUUAGCUCAGACAGCCAGUCAGAUUCUUUCAACGCUUUUCAGUAUUCAACGUGCAAGUUUGAUAAUUUUACUUUUAGCUCAGAAUCCUGUGGAGGAGGUGCAGCGGGGUCUGGAGGAGGAGGUAGAGGAAGCUCACUGGACCAGGACAGUUUAGGAGGGGGCGUGGCCAGUGAAGAACAUGAAGUUGCCAGCCUGACGACGCUCCACAUUGACUCUGAGACAAGUAGUCUAAGUCACACAGUCACUGUUACUGGUUCAGAGAGUGCAUCUCCCAUGCAUUCUCUUGGAGGGUCUCGUUCCCAGACGCCUUCUCCUGCCACCAUGACCACAGAGCAUGCUGAUCACUCACGCUCCCACUCACAUACCCACCUGCAGCUUGACCAAAAACUCCACAAUUCUGUCCUUCAAACACCAGAUGACCUUGAAACCAGUGAGUUUCCGAGCGAAGACUGCAGUGUAAUGGCGGGUGGCUCUUUAACUGGGUGGCAUGCUGAUGUUGCCACGGUAAUGUGGAGGCGAAUGCUGGGUAUCCUCGGGGAUGUCAAUAGUAUCAAAGACCCAGAGAUCCAUGCUCAGGUCUUUGAUUAUUUGUGUGAACUUUGGCAAAGUCUUGCCAAGAUAAGAGAUAAUUUAGGAAUUUCUCUGGACAACCAGUCAUCUCCUCCACCACCUGUGUUAAUUCCACCUCUGAGGAUUCUCACACCUUGGCUUUUCAAGGCCACCAUGCUAACAGAGCGCUACAAACAAGGAAAGCUUCAUGCCUACAAACUCAUCUGCAGAAUCAUGAAAAGGCGGCAGGACGUUUCUCCAAAUACAGACUUUGUCACACAUUUUUACAACAUUAUGCAUCAUGGAUUGCAACAUCAAGACCAGGACAUUGUGAACACCAUUAUAAAGCAUUGUAGCCCAAGGUUCUUCAGUAUUGGACUUCCUGGAGCCACCAUGUUGAUCAUUGACUUCAUUAUUGCAGCGUCUAGAGUUACUGCCUGCUCAUCAUUAAAUGCUCCUAGAGUGGAGGCUCAGAUCCUCCUUGGAUCUCUUGUUUGUUUUCCAAACUUCUAUGGAGAACUUCCCGCCCUGCAUCCAACCACAGCUGAUGUAGUGAUCACCAAGUUUCCAGAUGUCAAGGAACACAUCAUCAAAACAAUUCUAACAUCUGCAAGAGAUGAGCCCUCUGCUCCAGCUAGGUGUGUGGCUUUGUGUAGUCUGGGCAUCUGGCUGUGUGAAGAGUUGGCUCAUGGCACUCAGCAUCCUCAGAUUAAGGAAGCUCUCAAUGUCAUCUGUGUUACUUUAAAGUAUUCCAACAAAAAUGUAGCAUUAGUGGCAUCGGAUAUUCUUCAUCUUCUGAUCAGCUAUGUAGAUCAUCUUCAGAAAUUUCCCCCUGACAUGCCAAAGAAGAUUGUUGAGAUUUUGAUCGCCACAAUCACUUACUUGCUACCAGCUACUGAGUCUUCCCCACAUGAACUUGACAAAAGGUUGGUAGUAUCUCUGCUCUUGUGCCUUCUGGACUGGGUCAUGGCUCUACCUCCUGAAACGCUUCUUCAGCCUGUUCACUCAAGGAGCCCCCCAGAGAAAGACCAACCCACUAAAACCCUUCUGAGCUGUAUUUACAAAGUGUUACAUGGCUGUGUAUAUGGAGCACAGUCGUUCAGUAGUCCCAAAUACUUCCCCCUGCAGCUGUCAGACCUGUUUACUGCAGACUACGACCCAUUCUUACCUUUAGAGUGUUUGCGAGAACCAGAACCUCUCCACAGUCCAGAGUCUGAGCGCUCCGCCAAACUGCAGCCUGUCACAGAAGUUCGGAGUCGUAUCCAACAGGGUUUGGUAUCCAUCGCAGCCAGAACAGUCAUCAAUCACCUUGUCAACCACCUAGGACACUAUCCCAUGUCCGGAGGGCCAGCCACUCUGUCCAGCCAGGUGUGCGAAAACCAUGACAACCCAUAUUCUGAGAGUGCAGAUCUUGGACCAGAACUUUUCCACUCACCUAAUCUACAAUUUUUGGUUCUGAAUGGCACCACACUACUCUCUGUACUUCAGAUCCGGUCAGAGUCGGGUGUGCCGGGAGGUGGCAUGACCGCUGGUUUGUCUUCAGCUCCAGCGUGUGUCCGUGUCAUUGUCCGAGAUGUAGCUGGAAAACACUCCUGGGAUUCUGCUGUCCUCUAUGGGCCACCCCCUACUAGCCCAAGCAGCCCAGCACAUAUACUCCUGUCUCAUAUACAGGCAACUCACACUACAAACCUCCAUUUACGCACCCCACCAGGAAGUCUACCCAAAAGAAUGGAAGUAAACAAGGAAGAGGAAGAAGACCAAGAGGACGAGAGGGAGGAGUCACAAGAAGAAGAGGAAGAGAGGAAAGUUGUUGAAAUGGAGAAAGGAGAUCAAGAAGAGGUUGAUGCAGAGGAUGACCAAGAUGAGGAAAACAAGAAGGAACAGGAAGUGAAUGAUGAAGAUGACAAAAGUGAACCGGGACUGGAACAGACAUUAGCCCCACCAUCAGCUAAACGUGUGUGUCGGGAGGUUGUGCCAGCGUGGGAUUCACUGAGAGAAGGAGAAGAUGCCCUGGAUGAAAUGCUGCAAUACAUGGGAUACUCCAGUCCCGAGUGUCUGCAAAGAGCUGGCAUGCCACUUAACAUUCCUGCACCACCUCCAGCCUGUGUUUCGGAGAAGCAGGAGAAUGAUGUGAUUAAUGCCAUUUUGAAGCAGAGUGCAGCCGAGAAAGACUUUGUUCUUCAAAGAGGUGAAGAAUUGAACAUGAGGGCCAUGCCACAUCCUGAGCCAGACACAGAGACACCCCAGUCAGCCUUUUACUACUGCAGAUUACUGAUCAACAUAUUGGGUCUAAACUCCUGGGAAAAGAGGAGUAGCUUUCAUUUGUUGAGGAAAAAUGAGAAAUUACUGAGGGAGUUGAAGAACUUGGAUUCACGGCAAUGCCGUGAGACACACAAAAUUGCAGUGUUUUAUGUAGCUGAAGGUCAAGAGGACAAACACUCCAUUCUCACCAACACAGCGGGCAGCCAAGCUUAUGAGGACUUUGUUUCAGGCCUGGGCUGGGAGGUGGAUCUUACAACUCACUGUGGCUUCAUGGGAGGUCUGCAACGUAACCGCAGCACAGGCCAGACCACACCAUAUUAUGCCACAUCCACCACAGAGGUGAUCUACCACGUCUCCACACGCAUGCCUCAUGACCAGGACCACAACCUCACCAAGAAGCUCAGACACUUGGGCAAUGAUGAGGUCCAUAUUGUGUGGUCAGAACAUUCCAGAGAUUACAGACGAGGAAUCAUCCCCACAGAGUUUGGAGAUGUGCUAAUCAUCAUUUACCCAAUGAAGAACCACAUGUACUCCAUCCACAUACUCAAGAAGCCAGAGGUACCUUUCUUUGGACCACUGUUCGAUGGUGCUAUAGUGGACAUGAAGAUUUUACCCACAAUGGUCAGAGCCACAGCCAUCAAUGCCAGUCGAGCCUUGAAAUCCCUCAUUCCUCUCUAUCAAAAUUUCUAUGAAGAGCGUGCCAGAUACCUUGAAACUAUUGUGCAGCAUCACCAGGAACCCACAACCUUUGAGGAUUACGCUGCUCGAGUCUACACUCCAGCUCCGUGCACACAUUUUCCUUCUGAUACAGGCUCCUGCCUCGAGAUUCUUCGGGGAGAAAGUCCGGCUCUUGGGGAGGCCGGGAGCGACUCGGCGUCCCCCAUGUCUCCCAGGACUAGCAAGAGUCGCAUGUCCAUGAAGCUGCGCCGUUCGUCUGGGUCUGCCAAUAAGACCUAAGCUUAUAGACUUUCACUUCAGCACAAAAUAUAUCCAGCAUAUUUGCAACAUAAUCAAGAAAAAUAGAGCUUGUGUUAUACAUUUCCUAUACCAUCAUAUACCACAAUGUACUGAAAAACAUUUAUUGAAUUGUGGCUGAAGCUGUUAUUUUUGCUGUCUAUUCUCAGCCAUGCUUUUGAAAAAAAAAAAAAAUAGCUGGACAAGUGGGCCUUGAGUAUUACUUCAUGUCCCUAUCAUGUAUGAGAGCACAUUGCAAGAGAAAAAACAGGUGCUGCGUAGAUGCUGUAUAUUUGUACCAUAGGUGGACAUGGAUGUACAAACAAAAGCUGAGUUUUGAUAGAAAAGAAAUUAGAUUGUUCCAAAAGCACCACGAAUAUAGUGACAAAUGUCUAUUUUUAUGGUCAGAUCUGUAAAUGGGGUCGUGGGUUGUUUUGACGACGCUCAAAUAUAAAUACUUCAGCUGUUCGAGAAGAAAUGUGUAGACUGAAGUUAUGGCUUCAGAAAUGCCAAAAAUAUUUCUCAUUCAGAAAGUGUUGUUUUAAAAGACUGUUGCGAACAGAUCAAAAAGCAAGCACUUGUUACACGUUAUUUUGCUGAUUAUUUAAACGUAAAAAGCACUGAUAUCACUGCAUUUUUUUUUCUUUAUACUUUUUACUUGACUGUAAGUGUUGACCGACAGAGUUGCUGUUUUUUGUUUUAUUUGAUGCAAGAGAACCACAGUUAUGUUUCCUUGUUCUUAGCCGUUAUGAUAAUACAUGUAUUAUCUGUAUAUCUAUAUAUGUUUGACUAUAAAUCUAUAUACUGUAUAAUAGAUAUGGAUCUAUAAGUAGGUGUACAGUGAGAGAAAGCUACUUGUGUAUAUACUGUUUUAUGAGCAUUGCUGCCAAAACCAAACUGUGGUCUUAGCCUCAGACCACAUCUGCUAAACAUGGACUGACACUAUGAGUUUAAACUCCAAUAGUUUAGUAAUAACUGUAUUUUGUUCAUGAUAUGUUAAUAAUGGUAAUAACCCAUCAUGAUACCUGUACCAUAUAGAUCUCGCCUUUUAGUUAUAGUGGAUAUCAUUCAGCGGUCAACAAUGUUCAGAAAUGUUUUGAUCUAUUCUUGUAGCAUUUUUAAGUUACAAAAUAUUCCCUAAUCCGUUUUUGUAUUAUUGAUACCACUUUGAUCAGACAUAUUACAGUAUUGUUACACUUAUGUUACAGUGGUCAGCAAAAGAAGUUAAAUGAACACACUAAAUAUAAAUUAUAGUUUAGUUCACUCCAUCUUUAUCAUUUAUGUUUUGAAUGCAAAGGCUGUGGUAUUAAGUGUGUCUUUCAUACAUUUUAAUGACUGCUUGUCAGCACUGCUGCUUUUCUUUGCCGCCCAUUUGUGUUAUGUGUUACGUAUUGUUACAUAAAUGUACUUUUAACCAUAGAACAAAGGGACUUAAACUUUUUUUUUAACUUCACUUCACUCUAAUCAUAAUAUUAGAAGUCACUUUUUGUUUUAUCACUAUUUUUUUAUGUCUUGUGUCCCUGUAAAUUGUCACUGAUACAGUUACUGAAAAAGAUGGGGAAGUCUCCCCUUCCUGGUCCUCUGUUUGGUCGAACAUGUGCUAUAGUUACUCAUUUUUCAUUUUGAGAUAAUGUGUACAUGAUGUAAAUUGACAAACAGAAUCAUCUUGUCAUCACUGUCACCGUUUGAUUUGCCUCUUGUUCUGGGGUCUCAUGCUGUAGCACUGUCGAUGUUACAAGUCCUGUUUCUUUGCAGUGUCAACAUCUCUAUCACAUCUCUUAGCCACAUACAACCAUAAACAUUAAAUGCUUAAAAUAUUUAGUAAAUAUGCAUUUUAAACAUACAAUAUUUCAAAUUGAAAUACUGAAAACUUUUUUUUUAUUUGUGUCCACCUAAAUUGACAGUACAUGCAAAUAUGCCUUCAUAAGCUACUUGUAUUCUCUGUAGAUUUGUGCAAAACUUUAUUAUUAAAAAGUAGAAAAUGUAGACUUCCAUAAGCAGUUUCUCUGGAGAGCUGAUAAAUCAUGCUGUAAUUUGUGAUGAAGCGGAUGUACUGACUGUCCUGUCCACUGCAUGAGCCCGCAGCGCUAAGUGCAUGUGUUUGACCUGUGACCCCACACACAAGAGCAUGGCCACACUCACUACAGUGUUACUUACUGACAAACCAACAGUGUGUAAAAAAACACAUUCAAACCUAUGUAUGAAUAUGACAAAAAAGCAUCAAUAAAUAAUAAUUAAAAAAAAUGUC